AUGGGCUCUAAGUCGAUAACGAUCCCUGCUCUGUCGAAGAUUAAGGUAACGACCGAUGAGGUCGACCUUGGUCAAGACAAUGCCGGGGAUUCUCAGUCCAGCGCUGUCUUGCUGCCCCAACUCCACACGAAGAUUCCCAACGUUGUCAACAGCAAGGGCAACUAUCUCUAUACCGAUGAUGGCUUGGAAAUACUGGAUGCCACAGGCGGUGCGGCUGUGGCUUGCAUUGGUCACAAUAACCCACGGGUCAAAGCAGCCAUUGUCGACCAGCUUGACAAAAUCGAAUACUGCUAUUCACAGUUCUUCACCACUCCGCCCGUGGAGAAGUUGUCGAGAUAUUUGACCGAGUCCACUGGUGGUCUUAUGUCCAGAGUCUUCAUCGUCAGCUCCGGAACUGAAGCGAUCGAAGCUGCAAUAAAGAUGGCACGACAGUACUUCACCGAGCUUCCAGAACCACAAUUGCAGCGGAUUCGGUUCAUUGCCCGGAAACAAUCAUAUCAUGGUAACACCAUGGGUGCCUUGGGUACGGGCUCCCAUGUCGCUCGCAGAGCCAUAUAUGAGCCCAUGCUUUCUCCCCAUGUCUCCCAUGUCUCGGCUUGUUACCCGUACCGAGGAAAGAAUGAUUCGGAAUCGGAUGCCAGCUAUGUGGCCCGGCUUGCACAAGAACUGGAAGACGAGUUCCAGCGGGUUGGCCCCGAUACCGUCUGCGCUUUCGUUGCCGAAACAGUUGCCGGUGCAACUCUGGGUGCUGUUCCCCCGGUCCCGGGGUACUUCGCAGCCAUGAAAGAAGUUUGCACUCGCCACGGGGCGCUGUUCAUCCUCGAUGAGGUCAUGUCAGGUAUGGGACGAACAGGUACUCUGCAUGCUUGGGAGCAGGAGGGAGUCACUCCCGAUCUCCAAACGGUCGCCAAGGGGUUGGGAGCCGGCUACAUGCCAAUAGGCGCCCUCCUCAUCGGCAAAAAGGUUGUCGAUGUUCUGGACCAUGGGUCUGGAGCUUUUGUACACAGCCAAACAUAUCAAGGGCAUGCCCUGGCCUGCGCUGCGGCGUAUGAAGUCCAAGCCAUAAUGCAAGAGGAGGACUUGCUGGCCAAUGUCCGUGAAAUGGGCGACUAUCUCGGCAUCUCUCUGCAGCAGCGUCUUGGUAGUCACCCCAAUGUAGGUGACAUCCGGGGUCGAGGACUAUUCUGGGCCUUGGAAUUUGUAAAGGACAAGGAGAAGAAGGAGCCAUUUCCCGCAAAGUCUCAAUUGGCUAAAAGACUACAGGCAACAGGAGUCCAGAAGGAGUUCUGCAUUUCUCUGAUUCCGGGAAAUGGCACUGCUGACGGAAAAGAUGGCGACCAUAUCAUCCUCGCUCCCGCCUACAACACCACGCGGGCCGAGAUCGAUACUAUUGUAGACAGGACGGAGAAAGUGAUCAAGGCGGUUCUGGGUUGA